CCUUGGGGCUCCCUCCAUUUAGAGAGAUCCACCAUCUUCACCCUCAACAGCAUCUCCGGACUGAGUCGCCAUGAAGCUCCUUGCCCUUACGCUGGUCUUGGCCACCCUGACAGGCUGCCAGGCUUCCGUUCUUGAUGAUGACAUGGAUCAAGUAGAGCAUUUCUUUGUGGAAUACUUUAGAAACAUCAGCAGAAUCGUUGAUGAAGAAGAGGACUUGUUCCAAAACUUCAACCUGUCCAAAUGGAUUAGCGACCAUGUGAAUGAAAGACUUUCCGACCUGAGCCGGUUUUAUCAGAAUCUGGCCUUCGAGGUGAACAAAGCCGAGCCGCUGCACGAGGCCAUUGAAGCCUUCAACCUGGUCGUUAAAAUCGUGGUUGCUGUGGCACAGAAGUCUCAUGAGGCCGUUUGGGAAUUCACCAACAGGAUGCGGCAUCCCACCGAAAAGCUCUACGAGGCUCUGCGGCCUGUAGCGGCGCCCCACGCCAAGCCAGUCCUGGAGGAGCUGAGACAGUUUGCCAAUGCUAUCCUUUCAGAAAUGCGGGAGGAGAACAGAGAAGAGGACGAGUGGGUGAAAUUGAAACUGCAAGAGCUGGAUGCCGAGCUGGGCCCUACUGUCAAAGAAGUUCUGAAACGACUUCAAGAAUUCUGGGUGGCUCAGAGACCCUUUGAGGACGAGGCAGAGGAGAAAAUCGCAAACAGUUUGGCGCGUGCUACUGAGCCCCUGAAGCCUUACAUCAACCUAAUUCUGAAGGAUCUCCGAGAAUACACCAAGGCCAUUGAGAAGUGGGCUAGAACCCCCCUGUUUCCCGAAACCCAGUGAUCUUCCCCACCAAGAAUAGCUAUCCACUUGGGCCCCGAGAGCCUGAGCGAUUAAUAUAUUGCCUCAACAAAUUUUGAGUGGGGAGAGGGUUAUGGCAUAUCUGUAAACCUCCUGCAGAUCACAUAAUAAAGAGGGGUCUCUAACAGUGA